GGUUCACAGGUCAUAGUUACGCUAGGUCAAUGUGCCCUUCCACACGUGUUGCCGGUUUCUUCUAGAAGCGUAGCUGGUAGGAGGGUCGCUGUCUGUCUGUGUGGCUUAGUUUUCACUCUUCUUUGAACACUUCACAGAAUCAUGCUAAAGUCUUUGGUCCGCGCGGCGGGGGCCGCUGUUCGGCUGUCCUCGGCUCCGUCCGCUGCUGCUCGGGUUCUGCCGCUCAGCUGUCCGACCAUCCGCUCUCCCGGCUCGGUUGGUUCUCGGCCCUUCACCCGCUCCCUGUGGAUGCUGAACAGUAACGGAGCCUCGUCGGGAUACAGACCUAAACUGUUCAGCUCCAAAAUACUAAGUCCGUCUGUGUCGUGUGGAUGUGGAGGACUGCACACGGAAGGAGACAAAGCUUUUGGUAACUUCCUGUCGGAUGAAAUCAAAGAGGAGAAGAAGAUCCAGAAAAACAAAACCCUUCCUAAGAUGUCUGGAGGAUGGGAGCUGGAGAUGAACGGCACAGAGGCCAAACUCACAAGACAUCUUUCUGGUGAAAAGGUGACCGUCACAUUCAACGUCAACAACAGCAUCCCUCCCAGCUUUGAGGAGGAGGAGCAGCAGCAGAAAUCAGCAGAGGAAGAGCCAGAGAUUGUAUCAACGCCAAACUUUGUCGUUGAAGUAACAAAACAGAAUGGAAAGCAAACGCUGGUGUUUGACUGUCAUUUCCCUGAGGAUGAGAUAAGUCAUGGGGAGGGGGAGGAGGAGAGUGACAUCUUCGCCAUCCGGGAGGUCAGCUUCCAGCCGGAGGGAGACUCGGACUGGAAGGAGACCAGCUACACGCUCAACACGGACUCUCUGGACUGGGCGCUGUACGAUCAUUUGAUGGACUUCCUGGCCGACCGCGGCGUGGAUAACACCUUCACCGACGAGCUGAUGGAGCUCAGCACCGCCAUCGAACAUCAGGAGUACAUCAAAUUCCUGGAAGACCUUCAAGGCUUUGUCAAAUGUAACUAAUAUUAACUUAACCGUCACUGUUCUCCGGUGGAGAUUCCAAAGGACUAAAGCACUCAAGACUUAUAUACGGAAAAAUAAUAAAAACUAUGUUCCCUUUUUUCUGUAACUUAAAUAGGAAUAUAGUGAUCAUUUACAGUCUGUCUAUUUUACAUCUCAUGUCCCCUUUAAAUGUGCAAACGCUCUUCAAUCAGCAUCUGUUCCAAAUAAAGAGAAUCGUCAGUUUUCAGUGGA